AUGUCUUUCUUCAGUCGAUUAUUUAAAUUUCGAAUAUUCAAAUUUCGUACGACUCUUUCCGAAGAACUUGAAGAUCUUCAUACAGAGUCACUCCAUUUACAGCAGAAUUUAAUUCAAACACGUCUGCUUCAACGAAAAUGGACGAAAUUAAUUGCUGUCUAUGUUAUUUUAGCAUAUUUAAUUGUGAACAUUGCUUAUUUUACUCUUUUUCUUUCGCCUGAUUAUAUUACUCGUAUUUAUGCAGUCUUGGUUUCUUUAACACUUGGAGCCAUAAUCUAUGCAGUUUAUUGGCUUAUCUGUUGGUAUUUUCGAACUGCUAUUCAAAUGAAAGAAGAUCGAUUAGCAUUGUUCAAAGAUCGAAAACAAGAAUUGAUUGAAGAAGUAAAAAAUAAGGAAACAUAUGCAGUAGCUAAAGCUCUAUUAGAAAAAUAUGGUGAAACAAUAACACCAGAAGUUCGACCAACACCAACUGAAAAUAACAAUAAAGAUUUACGUCAACGUGUAUCCGUCAAACCAACACCACCCGGUUCAGACAAACCUUCUGUUUCUACUCCACCACCUAAUAUCGGUACAUUAGAAACGUUUAAUCGACAGACACCGGUACCUAAUGCACCAGAUCGUUCAACUGCAAAUGCUAUGCCUGGUAAAUUACCACGAGCAAUUUUACCACCACAACGAACAUUCUGGGGAACAAUUCUUGAUACUAUUGUAGGCGAUGGUCCAUCGAAACGUUUAAUUUGCGACGGGCAUUUACAUGAACGAUGGAAAUUUCGAUUUCGCUAUGCAUUAAUUUGUAAAUCUUGCAAUAGUCAUAAUGGCAUGGCAUUAGAAGAAGAAUUUGAAUAUUUAUCUUUUCGUUGUGCGUAUUGUAAUUAUUUUAAUAGUGCUCGUAAACAAAAACCAGUAUUUCAUGGUAAUAUUGUUGCACAUGAUCCUCAAACAACAAUGACAAAUCAACCACAAAAUGAAUCUAUUGUUGAACGUAUGGAAUCAUCAACUUCAGAAUCAUCUAAUUCUAAUGAAGAUAAUACAGCGAAUAAUACAGGUUCGAAUGUUACACGUCGAUCAAUUCGUAUUCCAGCUUCAGAAAAUACUAAUGAAUCUCAAUCUCGUUCUACAUCAGUUGAAAAUCAACGAGAAAAAAAUUCAGCAUUAUCAUCAUCAGAAGGAAAUUAA